CUUUGGGUAUUAAAUGUUUUUCACCACUAUUGGAAAAAGACGAUCUACCAUUCAACAUUUGUUUAAAUGGCCUUGUCAAAAAAGGAAUUGGAUGAGUGUUGCUGGCAUUGAACGUUCUCACCGUGCUCUUCUUUUUCCAGGUCAAGGUUCUCAAGUGGUUGGUAUGGGAAAAGAUUUAUGGGAUCGCUAUCCUAGAAUAGUCAAAAGGGUAUUUGAUCAAGUAGACGAUGCUUUGAACAUGCCUUUACGGUCAUUAAUUUUUGAUGGAGAUCAGAAUACUUUAACAUUAACGGAAAAUGCACAACCAGCUAUAUUAACGACAUCUAUUGCAAUUCUUCGAAUUCUUCAAGAGGAAUAUGGAUUUGAUUUACAAAAGGCAUGCGCGUAUGUAUUGGGACAUUCACUCGGUGAAUAUACGGCUUUAGUGGCGUCGGAAUCAUUAUCUCUUACGGAUGCUGUCCGAUUGGUACGACUUCGAGGUCUCGCAAUGACACAAGCAGUUCAAGAUCGACAACCUACUGGUAUGACGGUAUUAGUAACACGAAAAGGAAAAUUGGAUGAAAUCAUGGAUUCUAUUCAAACUGUACAGAAACGCUUAUCGACAAAUGAAGUGGCUGAAAUUGGAAAUAUCAAUAGUUCGACUCAAAUUGUUAUUAGUGGUACAGAAAUUGGAUUGAAAGAAGCUGUAGAAUAUCUCAAAUCAAAACGGAUGAUUGUCAAAUCCAUGCCACUACCGGUUUCUGGUCCAUUUCAUAGUUCAUUGGUUAGUGAUGCUGCUGUUGUCAUGUCCAAUGCACUCAAAACAGUAUCAUUCAAACAACCUAUUGUCAAAGUUAUCUCCAAUGUGACAGGAAAACCAUAUACAUCUGUUGAAGAAAUACCUCUAUCACUCACAAAACAUAUAACAUCUACUGUCCAAUGGCAUCCAAGUAUUCAUUAUCUUAAAACUCAAGAUGUUAGUGAUUUCGUAUCUUUUGGGCCAGGCAAGGUAUUAGCCAAUAUGUUGAAUAAGGAUUAUCCUUCCGAUACUAUCAGAUCUUUAGAUAGUAUUGAUGAUAUUUUAAAUUAUGUUCAAGAAUUCUCAGAUUAGAUAUAGAAUAGUUUUUUUCUUUUUUUUUUGAAUA